AUGAAUUCUCAUGUGCAACCUAAAAAAGAUGUUUGUUCUUUAUGUGCUAGUUCAUGUCAUAAUUCUCAAUCAUGUCCUUCUUUUGUUGAAAUAUUUUCUGAAAAGGCUAAUGCUUUACAUUCAUAUGGAAAACCUUCUUCUGAUAGCCCAUUUUCCAACACAUACAAUCCAAAUUGGAGAAACCAUCCCAAUUUUUCCUGGAGACAAAACCAACCACAAAUGAAUCAAGGAAACCAAUUCCACAUGCCAAAUCCAAAUCAUGCCCAACCAAGUCAACCUUACCCUCCACAAAGAAAACCUUCUUUAGAAGACACCUUACAACAAUUCAUGCAAUCCGCCCAACAAAUCUUACAAAAUCAGUCUCAAUCCAUUGCCAAACUCGAGACACAAUUGGGUCAACUUGCUAAUGCUGUAACCGAGAGAGAAAAAGGAAGAUUUCCUAGCCAACCCAUCCCAAAUCCUAAAGGCCAAUAUGAAAUAGGAACUCCUAGUCAUAAAGAAGAAGCUAAGUCUAUUUCAACUCUUAGGUCCGGAAAACAAAUUGUCAAACCUGAUUACAUACCUCAAGUUGAAAAAGACAAUAGCCAACCUCAAAGUUCCAACACAAAUGACCUUUCAAAAGAUGAUGCUCAAAUCCUUCCUUCCAUCCCAAGAGCUCCUUUUCCACAAAGAUUAAUUCCACUCAAGAAAGGCAACCAAUAUAGUGACAUCUUAGAAGUUUUUAAACAAGUAAGCAUCAACAUUCCUUUCUUAGAUGCCAUUAAACAAAUUCCUGCCUACUCUAAAUUCUUAAAAGACCUUUGCACUGUUAAAAGAAACACAAAUGUUCCAAAAAAGGCAUUUUUAACUGAACAAGUUAGCUCCAUAAUUCAAUAUAAAAGCCUUGUCAAGUAUAAAGAUCCCGGUUGUCUAACAAUUUCAUGCAUCAUUGGCGAUCAUUUUAUUAACAAAGCCUUACUUGAUUUAGGAGCUAGUGUGAAUUUACUGCCUUAUUCUGUGUAUAAGCAACUAGGUCUAGGAGAAUUACCUUCUCAUUGGUCUAAGCAUGACAAAUCUAAAUUUUAUUCUGAAGUGAAAAAUUUCAUGUGGGAUGAUCCUUAUUUGUUUAAAUAUUGUCCUGAUCAAAAAAUAAGGAGAUGCAUUCCAAAUUGUGAAUCUUGCGAACGUUGUCAAAUGUUAGGAAGUGUAACUAGAAGAAACAUGAUGCCUUUGAAUCCUAUCCUUAUUGUUGAAAUCUUUGAUGUUUGGGGCAUUGAUUUUAUGGGUCCAUUUCCUAACUCUUUUGGUAACUUGUACAUUCUUGUUGGUGUUGAUUAUGUGUCUAAAUGGGUUGAAGCUGUCGCAUGCCACACAAAUGACCAUAAAGUUGUGCUUAAGUUUUUGAAAGAAAAUAUUUUUUCUCGUUUUGGCUCACCACAUGCUAUCAUUAGUGAUAACGGUACACACUUUUGUAAUAGAUCUUUUGAGCAUUUAAUGAAGCAAUAUGGUAUUACACAUAAAGUCACUACACCUUAUCACCCACAAACUAGUGGUCAAGUUGAAAUAUCAAAUAGGGAAAUUAAGCACAUCUUAGAGAAAACUGUCAAUCCAACUAGGAAAGAUUGGUCCUUAAGACUCAUUGAUGCAUUAUGGGCAUAUCGCACUGCAUACAAAACACCCAUUGGAAUGUCUCCCUAUAGACUUGUGUAUGGAAAGGCAUGUCACUUACCCGUUGAGCUAGAACAUAGAGCCUAUUGGGCAAUUAAGCAAUUGAAUUUUUCCUUAGACAAAGCGGGUGAGAGAAGAAAGCUUCAAUUAAAUGAGUUAGAAGAGCUUAGGCAUGAUGCAUAUGACUAUUCCAAAAAAUAUAAGGAUCGAAUGAAGAUUUACCAUGACAAAAAUAUUUUGCGAAAAGAUUUCUCUCCUGGUCAAAAAGUCCUUUUAUACAAUUCUCGUUUGCAUCUCUUCCCGGGGAAGUUACGCUCUAGGUGGGUAGGUCCAUACAUUGUUCGCACUGUUUUUCCACAUGGAGCCAUUGAAAUUGAAAAUCCUAAUAAUGGUAAUGUAUUCAAAGUGAAUGGACAAAAAUUGAAACCAUUUUUAGAAUUGAAAACUGCUAAAGUGGAUGAAAUCUUUCUUGAGGAUCCUAUUUACCAUGGUCCUUGA